GCCGCCGUGCUCCCUGCGCGUGCUACGCUUUCCACCCUCCCACCAUGUCAGUCCCAGUCCCGGAAUCAGUUCUCGCCCAGAUCCUUUCCCAGCUUGAGAAACUUCAAGUCCAGACACAGACUUUACAAGCCAACGUAGAUAACCUCGUCCAGCACCAGCACGUUCACCACUUGGCCAGUCCGUCCACGUCACCUGUUAAGGCAGCGGUGUCUCUGCCUCGAUCUCAGGCAGAAACCCCUCCUUCGCAAACACCGACGUCAUCUCAUGGAGGCCAGCAGUCGCUCCUGGCUGCGCUGUCUGCAACUACGACCAAGGCGAAUGGCGAGGAGAAGAAGCUGACGGACAAGGAGAGGGAGAAGCUCCUGUACCCAUCCCGGAUCUUACUGACGACCUAUCCUGACCAGCAUGGCAUCAAGCCGUAUAACCUCGUCUGGGGUGCACCCGACCCCGCAACCCGUGGACCCGUCAUCUGCUCUCGCCUGCCCUCGACGAUCAAGCAGCGCAACGCCAUCGGCGCCCACUCCGGCUCGUACUCCAUCUACCGUGCCCUCGCCAUCGCCAUGGACACUCUCAACCCGAAUCACAAGCCCGACUUUUCUAACACCGAGCCUGCUGUCUCGAUCCCGCCCCAGCCGAGCUGGUCUGGCACAUCCAAGAUCGUCUCGUUUGACCCGUGGGGACACGUCGUGCCCCAGGUGUUCAAGAAGGAGCUCGAGGAGCUGGGCCUCGACAUACGCCCCAGCAUCGCCGUCACGCGUGCGCACAUGAAGCUCAGCGAGAUCGACGAGACUGCGCGCAAGGGCGACCUGAAGGUCGACGGCAAGGUCCUGCUCAAGAGCUAUCCGCUGCACAACGAAGAUGGUAGCGAGAGCACCGCCGAUUCUGGGGUCGAGAUCAGCAUUCACAAGGCAGCCGUCGAGCCCGUCUGGUAUCUUCCUGGCAUCGCCGAACGCUUUGGCAUUUCUGAGGGUCUUCUGCGCCGGGCUCUCUUCGAAGACACUGGAGGAAUGUACCCCGAACUCAUCACUCGCCCAGACAUCAAGGUUUUCCUCCCACCGAUCGGUAACCUCACCGCCUACAUCUUUGGAAACCCUGCGUUCCUCUCGGACGAGUCCAAGGAGCUGACGCUGCGCGUGCACGACGAGUGUAACGGCUCCGACGUCUUCGGUUCGGACAUCUGCACCUGCAAGCCGUACCUCAUAUACGCCAUCGAGGAGUGCAUCCGUUGCGCGCAGCGGGGCGGCGUCGGCCUCGUCGUCUACUUCCGCAAGGAGGGCCGCGCGCUUGGUGAGGUCACCAAGUACCUUGUCUACAACCUCCGCAAGCGCGGCGGCGACUCCGCCGACAAGUACUUCAAGUCGACCGAGAUGAUCGCCGGCGUAAAGGACAUGCGCUUCCAGGCGCUCAUGCCCGACGUCCUCCACUGGUUCGGCAUCAAGAAGAUCGACAACAUGGUCUCGAUGAGCGACAUGAAGUACAACGCCAUCGUCGGCUCGGGCAUCCCCAUCCUCAAGCGUUACGAUAUCCCUGAUCACCUGCUGCCGCCCGACUCACGCGUCGAAAUCGACGCCAAGAUCGCAGCGGGCUACUUCACGAGCGGCAAGCAGCUCACCGAGGCUGAUCUCGUCAAGACUGUCGGUCGCGCAUGGGAGGAGACUGAGCACUAGAGCUGCAUUUACUAUCGCGCGUGCACCGGGAUGGAUUGGAUUAAACUGUAGGAUUCUGUGUUGACUCAAAGUGUACUAAUGUAAAUAGUAUCGGAAUGCUGGAUGUUUUGUGACCUUCGUGUCAUUUGUUACCUG